AUGGUUCUUUUAUCGGAAGCAGAAAACGAAAGAUGUAAAACAGAAAACGAAAGAUUUUUUAAGUCUUUUCUGCGACACAAGAUUACGAGAAUAGAAUAUGUUGAUGCAGCUUCCCAGACGAAACCGUCGCCAAAGCGAGUGUUAUUGGAAAAUACAUGCAGCAGAGCGGUGCAAUAUGUACAAACGAAGAAUGAAGCAACGCAACCAUUGCGUUAUCAUGCAACACAAAUGUGGCGAGCCGACUGUUACAUACCUAACGAGGCGGAUAAGUAUAUGACUGCGAAACCUUAUGAGACAUACGCGGAAUUGCGUCUUAAGUUAGAUGAAUAUGCACGUAUAAUUCAAAGAAAUUACCAGGCAUAUAAGAUGAGGAAACACGUGAAGGAAUGCGCACGAAUUUAUCGCGAAAAGCUCGAAAAAUGUAAGAAAGACGAAGAAGAAAAGACCGUGGCGGACAAAAUGCGACAUAAACGGAACAUUCUUCGCCAAACAUAUCCGCGAUCGAGAGCGGAUUUUGACAUGCUCUACAGCUUGAUAGAAAGAUGGAGAUCCGAUCGUUUAACGGACAUAAAAUCGCGAUUGUUCAAGAGCGGACAGUGCGCCGAGAAUUACAGAAUUCUGGAGAAAACGGUGGAGAUGUUCAAUUGCAUCGACAAACAUAAACAGGCGAUUAAGAAUUCAUACAGGAAACAGAGAGCUCUCAGAUUUCUGACGUGGAACUGCAGGUCGAUAAGAUGGAAGGGUUACAAAGGCAUACCUGUGGAGAUGAUCACUACGAAAAUUCAAAAGGCUCGAGAGUUUAAAGGACUAUAUGACGCAUUGAGCAAUUACGACGUCAGUUCGGAAGAACGAAUGAAAUUAUUGAUAACGUUAAAAAACUCGCUCAAAGUGCACAAUUGUUUCGAGGCUUUUGAAUUGGAGUCUCUACUGGAUCAAGAGAUUGCAUUAUUGAAUCGAGAGAUUAAGGGCUUAUCGCUCAGUUGUCUAAACGAAAGAAUAAUGCACACGUAUUUAGAUUUUGUGAGAGUUUAUGGUAUUUGCGGUUGUGUAUGCGUCGACGAAAAAGUUAAAGAUCAUAUAUUGCGGGAACCGUUAGAGACAAGGACAAAAUUUUGUCGGAGUUGUUCAAAAUUACUUCCCUAUCGCAGAUUUUUAUCGCAUACCAAAAUGAAGAGACUCUCCGUUUGCACGAGCUGUAGCUCUCUAAGUCGACGCAAUAUUGCGCACGUGGAUUAUGAUCUCUACAUGUUCAUAUUAAAUUGUGUGCGAGCUGAAGAAGAACGUCGCGGUUCCACUCUCGCUUUGGCAUUUACGAUGCAAGAGCACGAUAUCUAUCAUUUGAUCAACCACAUUUGGCACGGUCGAUCGGUAGUCAGUAAAGAUAACGAUCUUUACCUGAGAUUAGUCAGAUAUCAGAAAGACGUCGAAUGGGCGCCUUGGAAUUGCAUUCUUCUGACGAAGGAUGAAGCUGAUAUACACUAUCGCAUUGAGGAUCUCGCCACAGUGUACUCGGAACAUUUGAUAGAAAAGAUCAAUUUAGCGCAUCAGAUUGCAAAAAAUCAUUUCAAGCAGUUGAUUAUUUUUGAAAAAGAUUUCCGGGAAUCCUGCCGCUUCUCCGCGAUUCAAAAAGUGGAACGCAAUGAUUAA